AUGCUAUUUGUUUUUGGCCUUCAGUUGAAGUAUUUCCCGUUUCCCUCUAAAUCCCACAGCUCAGCAUCCUACGACUUCUCUCAGCCUCCUUGGACACUGACUGGAGCAUGGAACGAGUAUGCGAAUGUUCCUGAAAACUUCCUGAAAGGCUGCAAGUGGGCUCCUGAUGGGUCGUGUUUCCUAACCAACAGUGAUGACAACAUCCUGAGGAUAUACAAUCUUCCAUCACAGAUCUAUUCUGGAGAAUGGGAUUUGCUGCAAGAAAUGGUACGCCCGGUAUUGCGCAUGGCAGAGGGUGACACCAUUUAUGAUUACUGCUGGUAUCCGUCUAUGAAUUCUGCUGACUCCGACACUUGCUUCAUUGCCAGCAGCAGCCGAGAUAACCCCAUUCAUGUGUGGGAUGCCUUCAAUGGAGAAAUGAAAGCAUCUUAUAGACCUUACAAUCAUCUCGAUGAACUGACAGCUGCCCACUCCCUCAGUUUCUCUCCAGAUGGGUCUUUGCUUUUUGCUGGUUUUGAUAAAAUGAUCCGGGUGUUUAAUACUUCUCGCCCAGGAAGAGACUUUGAAUGUCGGCCUACUUUCCACAAGAAGCAGGGUCAGCCGGGUAUCAUCUCCUGCAUUGCUUUCAGCCCCUCUCAAGAUGUUUAUGCCUGCGGCUCAUACUCCAAGUGUCUGGGCCUGUACUCCUAUGAGGAAGGAAUCUCUCUAUCAGUUCUGCACGGUCAGCACGGAGGGGUCACUCACCUUCUCUUCUCACCGGAUGGAAACUGUAUUUUCUCUGGAGGCAGGAAGGACCCUGAGAUUCUGUGCUGGGACAUUCGACAUCCUGGCAAGAUUUUGUGUUCACUGAAGCGAGAAGUUGUCACCAACCAGAGGAUCUACUUUGAUAUGGAAAUGUGGGUAUCUGUCAGUAUUUUGACUUUUUUUUUUUUUUUUUUUUUUUUAGACUGGGAUCAUGCCAAAAAUGUGAGCCUUUACACAUGUUGGGGUGACGUGAAUUAG